GAGUCACUUUAUAAGCUUACGCUCCACUUUUGCCUCUCACAGUCUCCUUCCUGGAUUAUAGUUUAGUUGCCACUUCUUGCUUGUUCUUUGGAUUUACAGGUUUGAAACGAUGUGCUCUUUGGGUUUUGCCAAAUCUUUAGGUUUUGCCCUAAUCCCACUGGCCAUCUGCUGCAUUGUGGCCAAUGUGCUGCUUUUUUUUCCUGAUGGAGGGGUGAACUCUGUCAGGGAUGGCCAUUUGAGCACCUACGUGUGGUCCUUCAUGGGAAUAGGAGGAGGCGGUAUUGCAAUAUUCAUAACUGCGUUUACUUUUCUGAGUAUGGGGAAGUGCGCUGACUCCUGUGGAACAGAGAGUUGUGCUAUGUGUGGCUCUGUGAUAGCGUCUCUCAUUGGAUUGGCCGGCUCUGGUUAUUGCUUCAUCAUCUCAGCGUUGGCCAUGAGAGAGGGUCCACUUUGCUUUAACAAAUCGAAUUGGACAACGCCUUUCCAGGAAAAUGGACCACAAUACCUGUUUGACCGUAAAUCCUGGUCUGUGUGUGAGCUGCCUGCUCACAUUGUUGAGUGGAAUGUGACGUUGCUGUCCAUCCUGUUAGGCCUCAGCCUGAUUGAGCUCCUCAUUUGCUUCAUGCAGUUAAUCAGCGGGUUGGUCAGCGCUGUCUGCAGGCCUUGCUGCUAUAAGCAGCAGUAUAGCUUGAGUGCUUGAAGAGACAAUGGACAACCAUCACAUUAUAUCACCAACAAAUACUGAUCUUCUAAUGAUAGGAUGCUAUUAACAAAAAAACCUUCUGAAAAUACCUGACACACUAUAUGAGAAGUGGGUCGGUGUAGCAUGACGAACCUGUUCUAGCAUGAUUAGGAGCAGCUGUUUAGAGUCUUAUACUAUUCUAACACAAUCAAUGCCAAUACAGAAUCACUGUGUCACUAUUUAAUAGUGAGACAUAUGACAUAUAACUAGAACCAGAAAAAACAGACAUUUGUAAGUUACAGUUUUUUUCCACCUGUUAGAAUUAAAUACUAAGACAAUGUAAUCAAGACAGCCUUACUUUUAUAAAGAAUUCCAAAUGUGCUUUGUCCAUUUUGUCAAAUGUAUUUCUAAAUUGUGUUUUCUGUGUUUCAUUUAAAAAAAGAUAACUUAUUUUCCAUUCUUGACUUAUUUUUCAAUUAAUUGUGUUGAUGUAAAAAAAAAAAAUCUUGAUGGUAUGUAUCAUAUAUGUAAAUGUAUAUUAUAUUUAUAAUCUUUAUGUUGCCUUAAAAUGAAUAAAUGUUACAUUGUAAACAUA